AUGGCGCUGUCUAGAAAGCCUCGACGAGACGUGUUUAAAUCCAUUAUCGAGUUUGCUGGAUCAUUGCUUGCAGAUAUCAUCGACAGCGACGGCCUCCAGACCACUGAUCACAAGAUUGGUAGCCUAGGCCGGUUCAUCGAUACCACCUCGGACAUCACACUAGUUCCUCAGCCACCGACUGGAGAGGAGCUUGAUGGCCUAGGAACAAAGCUAUGGAAUGCGUGUACCAGGGCUAUGAGAAGGGAGGGUCUAGAUGAGGGGAUCGUUAAGUUUCUAUGCCGAGCCAGAGCAUUUGCAUUUCUGGUUUUGGAAUGUGCUACUGGCUGCCAAAACAGCGGCACUCCUGAUGACAUCCGUCUUUUAAGGACAGCUUUGAAAUCCGCAAGAUCUUGUCUAGCGCUCGACCAACUAGAUGAUGGGCUAAAAAUCCUGGAAAAGGCUGCCUUCAGAGAGAACAAGCUGUCGAGAGAGAGCCAUAAUGUAGAUGAAAUUCUGAAGACACUCUCGGCGGAAUAUUAUAUCUCACGAGUUAACCUGGCCUGGAAACAAGGCAGGCUAGAUAUUGCAGAGCAUAUGCUCUCUAAAAUUGACCUUGAUAAUAUUUUGCUGGAUUCGAUUUUGAUGCAACGAUACUCCGAUCUCCUUUUCGAUAUCGGAAAAAAUUUAAUCAAGAAGAAUGAGCACUCUGAAGCGGUGAAAUGGUUGGAAAGAUCCUUAUAUGCAUUUUCUCAGAAAGCCAUAAAUGAACUACACCCUGACGCUGGUGAACUAAAAUUGUGUGUUCUUCAUGAACUUAUACAAACCCAUUGUGCCUUGAAAACUGAAGAUUCAAAACAAAAUGCCACAGAGCUCCUUAGCACUCUCGAAAGCGAGUACGGUCAUAGGCUGGAGGUGUUACGUCUCAGUUUUGAGGUGAUACAUCUUCAAGGCCACCCGGAUAGUCAGCGUUAUUAUGACCGUCUUUGCUCAUUUAUUAACGUAGCCCCUGCAACAGAGUUAAAUUUCAAAGAGCUACGAGAAUUGGAUAAGGACCUAGCAAUAAGCUCAUUAGAGCAGCUUCUUCUCCAGCGACUGUUUAUAUAUGGCAACACUGACCUCAUUGAGCGUGGGUUUGUUACAUAUAUCUGGAUGAAAACGACGACUGAGUCUGACGGCGGUCUUAAACAUCUGGAGUUGGUUGUGGAAAAAUCAACUGAGAUUUGGAAAUCAAAGCUUUCUGGAGAGGCUACCCAUGCCUGCUUGAUUCUACUUUGGAAAAAGGUGACUACUGCAUUCGAUCGUAAAGAAUAUGAAAAUGCGCGGAACUGGUGCCAGUUAGCGCUCCAUCCACUAUUUGAAAACUCAGGGGAGGGCAAUAGAUCGAAGAUUGGAAGGAAAUUAAUCCUUUGUGCACUGGAAAGUAAAGCAACGGAUACCGCACGGCGACUAUUUUCAGGGCUCUCAGAAGCUUGUAAAUCAGAGAUCCUAACAAGAUAUCUUAUGUAUCGUGUCGCUCUACAGGAUGAAGAUCUUGAUUUAGCACAGGACUGCCUAGAUAUUAUAUGCAAAUCUGACACAGAAAAAUCAACAUACCUGCUUGCUUGUAUUGCUGAAGCACUGCAUCACGGCGCCGAGCGUCAAGCUGUCAUUGUUCUUCAACGGCUUCUUGAUAAACUGGAUGGAAAACAGCUUCGAGAUGUACACUUUCCAGUACUGCUUCGUUGUACUGGGAGACUUCUCAUCUCAGAGUUAUAUAAAGAUGACCCUCAUAAGGUUGUGUUGGAGGACCAAAUAUGUCAGAUAUUUGAGGGUUUGAAUGCAGCUGUGAAUCGAGAAACACUGUCAAUGGAACAGCUUACUAUCCCUGAGCUGGAAUGGUUUUCCCGUAAUAGUUACAACCUUGCACUCCAGUGUUGUACAAAAUGGGAGCCACCCAAUAUUUUACGACUUCUUGAUGCCUGUAUUAAUAUUAUCCACUUGUAUCCCACCAACCUAGGUGAGGAGGCAGAAGCGGAUGUAGAGCAGAGGAAACUAUCAUGCUUUUACCUAUCAGCUAUUCUCACUAUAGCACAGGCAAGACUGCACAAGGACCAUGACAUGCAGCAAACGUUUUACCUCGACUCAAGAAUACAUAUCCAAGGUUUUCGAACAGCGAUUUCACCUUUACUGAAACGUAACAUAAUAGAUAGCCUCUCAGAUUAUAUUGAGAAGUACCGAACUUUGCUCGCCUUUGAUUUUGAAGCGGCCGUUACGUUAAACCAAUGGAGUUCUUUGGCGGAAAUACUAAAAGAAGCGCGGAAUAUCGCGGAUGAUAGGCUCUACAGCUUAUUUGCGGAUAUAAUACUUUCCUCCGGGGAGUCUUUCAAGGAAGCCUUAGCUGUAUUCCAGGAAAUUAUUCAUGUAACUCGACAAAAGGAUAUUCAAAAUAUUGCAAAGAUAUCUCGCUGGCUGCGGUGCCUUUUUCAGCUAUCCGUCAAAUCCGAUAUUGUUGCUGCUGAAUCGGUGAUGGAUGAAGCAUAUGCCCUAGCUCGUGACAUUCCUGGAUAUCAGUCUGGUGGCGACGACAUUAUUUUAGAGCAAGCAAAUAGACCCUCAGGCCAAUCUGUUUAUCCCGAAGAGGAACUUGAAUGGUUAUCAACAUCAGCAUUUAACUAUGCAAUUGACUUUUACCUCGCUUCUGACGACACAGCAAGUCGCCGUUGGUAUACAAAGGCCCUUGAUCUGGCUCGGCUACUGCAGGACAACGGGAGUUUGUGGCGCACUUUUCAGGCAAAUUAUGCCCGACUAAAUUGGGAGGACUGA